CCUGUUCUUUCUUCUUGGGUUACUGGGUCUUUUGGUUUGCUUAAGAUGUUUUGGAGGGCUUGGUUGGUCUGUGUGCUAGGGUGAUGCCACGUGGUUCCAGCAUCCUAUGUUCAUGAAUUAUAAAGCUGUUAAAUAUAUGGAAAAUAAUCAUAGUAUUUUGUAUGUACUUUUGGCCACAGAUUGGAGUCCCGUCCUGGACGAGUUUCCUCAGCCCACGCGCCAUGCCUCUUUUUGAAAAAAAUGCCCGAGAUUUUUACUUACUCAUUUUGCUUCCUGAUGUGUUUCUCCCCAGUGCUGCUCACAGCGGUCAAUUGCUACAGCGUGAAAGCUGCUACUCGCGUGCAAGACGCCUUUGCAGCUGCAAAGCUCCUGGCACUUGCCUUGAUCAUCACCCUUGGCUUCAUUCAGCUCGGGAAGGGCGAUGUCCUGAACCUUAGCCCUGAAUAUUCCUUUGAUGGCACCAGUACGCAGGUUGGCAACAUCGUCCUGGCCUUGUACAGUGGUCUCUUCGCUUACGGAGGAUGGAAUUACUUGAAUUUUGUCACAGAAGAGAUGAUUAACCCUUAUAGAAACCUCCCUCUGGCCAUCAUCAUUUCUCUGCCCAUCGUCACCCUGGUCUACGUGCUGACCAACCUGGCUUACUUCACCACCUUGACAGUGAACGAGAUGCUGGCGUCGGAAGCCGUUGCCGUGGAUUUUGGGAACUACCACCUGGGCGUCAUGGCUUGGAUUAUCCCUGUGUUUGUCGGCCUGUCUUGCUUUGGGUCCGUCAACGGCUCACUCUUCACGUCGUCCCGGCUUUUCUUUGUAGGUGCUCGUGAAGGCCACCUGCCCUCUGUCCUUUCCAUGAUCCACCCCCGGUUGCUCACGCCGGUGCCCUCGCUCAUCUUCACGUGUGUCAUGACUUUGCUCUACGCCUUCUCCAACGACAUCUUUUCGGUGAUCAACUUCUUCAGCUUCUUCAACUGGCUCUGUGUGGCUUUGGCCAUCAUCGGCAUGCUGUGGCUCCGUUACAAGAAACCAGAGCUAGAGAGGCCGAUCAAGGUUAACCUGCUGUUGCCCAUUAUCUUCAUCAUUGCGUGCAAUUUCCUCAUCGUCGUCUCUUUUUGGAUGACCCCAAAGGAAUGUGCCAUUGGCUUUGCCAUCAUCUUCAGCGGAGUCCCGUUUUACAUUAUUGGUGUCUGGUGGAAAAACAAACCAAAGUGGCUUCUCCAGAGCAUCUACUCCACAACAGUCCUGUUCCAGAAACUGAUGGAGGUGGUUCCGCAGGAGUCUUAAAAAGAGGGGAAAAACCAUCGAUGUUUAGUUCAAGCCGACGCACAACAUUGUUUUUGAAACAUAAGUAUGUCUGAUUCCUCACUGGAAAAACGGAAACUGCAGGGACAGCCAGGAGACCCCUCUGAGACCCCUGCCCUCACCGCUUCCCCUUUCCUGGUCCUCUUGCGGCCUUCUCCAACUCAGGCCAGGCCGUCGAUGAGAUGCUGGAGGAGAAGAAAACCCCAGGUGCAAAUUUUAAAUUGGGAAGAGAAGGUUGCUUGAAAGAGAAGAGAGGCCUCCACAGAGAUAGAGAACACGGGGAAGUCAACAGGACACUUUGUUUACACGCUCAACUACAGACUUUUUUUAGUUUCUCUAUCAGCUGCCUCCACGUUUGCAGGAAAAAGAAGAAGCGCGGACCACGGAUGAUGUCUAGCAGGGCAGCGUCUUCCUGAAAAGAAGUCUGCCUACGCUGUGCACUCCUGACAAAUAAAGGGGGCCCUGCAGAAGAAAACAGCCCCACCAAGUGACGCCAGCCUUUCUCGUUGAGUUUCCCCAGCAUCAGCUCUCCUCAUUCUCAGUGGACUCGAUGGUUCUGACAAAUGAGUUUUUUUUCUUUUAAUUGUAGCUCUCCUUGUUCUAACUUCUCAGUGAUGUUACUUUUUAAGCCUUCUUCUCUUUAAGACUUCCGCGGGCUCGCAUCGCGUUGAUUUCCCAUUCAGUGUUUUGUACAGCUUUCAUGGCCACCUGCACAAUUCCCCCCCCCACCCCGUGCAGGUCGAGCUGAGAUCUCCAGAAUCGCCUCAGACCACCGUGGAUUAGCGCAACGGUCUCUAAGGCAACUGAAAUGUGCCAGCUGGUGGGCCGUGGCGUGCCUCUGCCGGCCCUGGCGUUGCAAGGUUUUGUUACCCGCCUUCCCCGUUUGAACCCCCCCCUGCUUUUCAUUUUCUAGCAGCAUUCAGUGGUUAUGCUAAAAGUCUUACCUUUUCGUUUUCUUGCUGUGCAGAAUGUCAGUUAUUACAGCUUGGUAAAUGUAUUCUUGGGAACGGGGUGGGAAUCACUAUUCCUGCGCAGCGGUUGAUGCUGGAAGAGUCGGCUGUCAGGCGGGGGGGGGCACCUAGUGGGAACAAGCAGAAAGUCCGUGCUCUGCGUGUGCGUGCGUGUGUGUGUGUGCUUCUGUGGCACUUUCUUGAUACGAAGCUUUACUCAAACAUGCAUACAGACUUUGGCCUGGCGAGCAACAGCGUGGGCUUCUGAAUUUUAGAGCAAAGAAUUGGAGUAAGCGCUCCCGUGUUUUAUUGUCUGUUACGGCUGUCGUGGGACCAAGUUGCUUGACGUUAGGUGGGGCGCGUUGGCCUUUAGGAUCUUGGGAUCUGUUCUUCUUUUUUCUUCAGUUCUUGGGGAAUGUCCUGUCUGCAAAGGUUGGUUUCUCCCUGAGUGAAACGUAACUUGGCCCCUGGCCUUCCUGGCCCAAGAACGUCUUAGGCUGGUCAAUGUGGAACUUCACGGUGCAGCUGACAGGAUGGCUGAUUCUCCCCUUGAGGGCGAAAGUCUUAGAUGGAAAGACCUGGCCCGAUUUGUGGGAAGAUGGGCAUAUAUUGUAGACGGAAGGGCACUUCCCAUCUCAAAUACGGCGCAUAUUCCUUGCGUCAGUUUUUGCAUGGCAUCUUCCAGAUGUGCUGGGAUUGCAUGGCUAUUCUCCGUGCUGCUAGGAAGUUCUCUACAUCACGAUUCUGAAACAUGGAAACAGGCAAAAUGAUUCUGGCUGAAGUAGAGCGGGAAAUAGUUGUGGGCUGGCUGCUCGUCAGUUGUGAUGCCAACAAGUGCAGAUUCUGAAAACCGAGGCGCCUCAGUGCUGAAUAUUAAGGUGGAGGC